GAACGCAUGAAAAUGCAUCCAUGGAAACGAUUAGAAGCGAAUUGUGAUGCCGAAAGAUGCAUGAAGAGCUCCGUUAGGCCCCGAGGAAUCGGUCUCACCCAUAGCUUUGCACAACGAUGGAUGGCAACGCCACUCAGGUGAGAGAACGAGCAGCCUGCAGGCCAAGCAAAUCGCGUGAAUCACGGCGUGAAUCAUCGUGUGUGCUGUCUGUCUGCGUGUGAUUGUGUUGUCCUUCGCUUUGGUGCAGAUGAGUGAAAUGGCAACGAGGGAUCAGCUGCUCAAACAGAUUCAGACCUAUCAGACCAAUCAGACGAGGGUAUCUGACCGACACACUCACUCAGUCACUCAUUCAGUGCAUCCACCGCUCAUCGGUUGACUGCUCGUGUUGUUUGUGUGUGGUGUGGUGUGCAGGUCAACAAUGGCAUCGGCCGACUCACUCAGAUGGACGCCGCUGCGAUCACACCACUGGUGCGGCAGGCUGGCAACCAGCACACUGACAACCGCUCACAACAACACAAAGGCCUCCCUCUGUGUCAUGGUGCUCUCGUCGUGUUGAUUCAUUCGUCAGAUGGUGGCCAAGGUGAGUCGUCAAUUUGCUGCUGUGUCCGAGCUGCUGGCCGAGUUGGCAGAGACCAUCAACUCGACCAUCGCACUCACAAGACAUAGCCGCACACAGGUCAGAGAGGGAGUGACCACAGGCAGGCACAAACACAAGGCCCUCACUGAUGUGGUAUGCUCCUCUUAUGUGCUGUGUGUGUGCAUGUCCUUCUGUCUGUGUGUCAUCAGGCCCAGCGGUUGUACAUCUCUGACAUUCCCGCCAACCCCAUGAGCAUCAUCCUGUCACUGUCUGCCCUCACCACCAUCGCCCACCUCAAGGCGACAGCCCGACCCAUCAGAAAUGCCCUGCGGCCCAUCGUCCGCAAUAUUCGGCUGCCGGAGGCCAUCGAGGUGGCGGGGGUGGGCGGUGUGGUGCAGUUCGACGAUCAGCUGAGCCACGGCGAUGUGAUGAAGGCCAUGUGGGUGGUGGAGGAGGGGGGCGAGGGCGGCUGGGGGGAGGUGGCCGACACACUCAGAUUCGGUGAGCAUUUGGGCUAUUGCCAGCUGCCGGUUACUGUGGGUGCCGGAGAUCUGCAGACACACCCCACCAAGGCGGUAAGCACCACACACAGAAGAGGCAAUGGGUGAGCUGCUGGAAGUCUCUGUGUGUGUUGGGUGUGAGACUACUCAUCGCUGCCCCGUUUCUGUGCGCUGUGGAUGGUCGUCGGCCGCCGUGUGGCCCUCCGUCGCCCAAAUGGCCAGCAAGACGGCACACUGCAGCUGUUCCGCCAUAACCAUGAGAUUCGCGCCAUCCGCAACGAGCCCAACUUCGCCAUCGUCAUCAACCCGCCCCUCCCCCUCCCCAACCGCCGCGUCCAUUCCUUCUCGCGCCACCCCUUCCAGCAGCACGCCAAGCCCCACGACCCGCCCGUCAGCAGCCGCAUUCUGUGGGAUGGUGGUGUGGGCUGGACGCCUGGUGGUGUGAACGACGGGGGCGUUUUCUCAUCGGCGAGUUGCCUGCUGAAGAAGCUGAUGCUGACUCACCGGAUGCUGGCUGUGAGCGACAUCUCCUAUUCGCCACCAGUGGCGGUAGACCGGUAAGUGGAUGAAGAGGGCAGGUCGCUCGUUGUCCCUUUCAUACAUGUAUCUGUGUGUCAGGAGUGUUCGUGGUCAUCUGAAUCGUAUGCUGACCCGACCGCCUCACACGCCCCUUGACGACUGCUCACACAUGAUGGCAUCCGAGGCGGUCAGUGGGGGGUGUGGGCAGUCGCAUGUGCUGACGUCAUCGGACGACUCGUUCGUCGCCUGGAUUGCCUUCCGCACCCUUCAAGGCGACAACCAGAACGGUAUGCUUACACGUAAGAGAACAGCAACUCGACAACACCUGUUGUGCCGUCCGUUGUCUGCGUGCAGUAGAGGUCAGCAUCCGUACCACCGAGGCGCCAGCAGCAGGUGUGGCCAAUGAUGCGCCCUUUGCCCAGCAAUUCCCACGGACGGCCGCCAAGGCCCGCCGCGUCCUCGGGCCGAUCGCCGCCAUCGUCCUCGACGGCCAGGCACCGUAGACAGAAGGUGAGGGCCACACACGACAGUCGGCUGACGUCUGUCUGUGGUCUACCUGUGUGUUGUUUGCGUUGGUCUGAGUUCUGCAGGCGAACUGAAUCGCCCCAUCAGAUCGAUAUAGAGGUUUGGUUGGUUGGCUGGCUGUCGGUUCAGUCGUGCGC